AUGCAGUUUUGGAAGGAUAAUUGGACUUCUUUAGGCCCUCUCUUGGAUAUUACCGGUGUGAAUGGUCCUCGUGUAACGGGUCUUCCGGCUGAUGCCGUUGUAUCGGAUGCUUUACGUGAUGGGGAUUGGUGGGUGUAUAGGAGUAGGAGCAGACAUCCGAUUAUAGAGCUCCUUAAGGAUUGUUUGCCUUCGUCAGAAGUGGUUUCUGCAUCAGGAGGGAAAGAUACAUACAUGUGGAAAGUGGGGAAUAAGCUCCCGUCAAAUCGGUUCUCGGCUGCCGAAACUUGGCAUUUUCUAAAUCCAUCAUCUAUAAUUGUGGAUUGGCAUGAAGCGAUUUGGUUCAAAGAAAAUAUCCCAAAACAUGCUUUCUUGGCUUGGGUGGCCACUCCCCAUAGAUUGCAUACAAGGGACAGAUUGUUAAGAUGGGGAAUGCCAGUCCCUUCGGUUUGUCUUCUCUGUAAUUCUUUGGAUGAGUCUAGACAGCAUAUCUUCUUUGAAUGCCCCUACAAUACAAAGAUUUGGUAUUUCUUCACUUCAAGAGUUCAUGUUGCUCCUUUUUUAUUAUUUGAGGAUGGAGUGAGAUGGAUGAAAGACCCCAACCAUGAUAAGAAUAUGUCUCUAAUUCUCAAGUUCACUUUUCAAGCCUCGUUAUACAUGAUUUCGAAAGAAAGAAACGCUCGGCUACAUUUGUCAUCAGCGCGACCUCCGUCGGCACGUAUUGUAGGCAUCCAGAACACGAUUUGCUACCGUCUUGACUCGCUAUCAAGGAAUCAGCGUAAUCUACCUUCAACAGUAUCACUCCUCAGUACUUGGUUCAAUUUAUUUCAGAAUUAA